AUGACUACUCAAUACUUAACAAAUUCCUAUCUCGGCCCAGCCUAUAGCCUCCAGCCCAACCACUCUUCCUCCAUACCCUCAGGCGUACAUUGCGCUCCCUCGCGUAACGGCGGCCUUCUGUGGACCCUCGUCCCUACGCCCGAAGACCCCACCAAGUUUAACAUCUGUACAACGGACCCGCAAAGCAGGCAACCCAAAUGCCUCGACAUUUACAACGACAACUCUUCCGACCGGACACGGGUUCGGCUUGCAGACCCGGGACACUACGCUGGCCAGAUGUGGACUUUAAUCUCCCAGCGAGAGCCAGGGUAUUUCAAGCUAUCGAAUGACUGGACCGGAGAAGGGUGGUAUUUGGACACGUACAGCGAUAGUUAUGAGGCAUUCAUGAGCCAGGGUGAUGCUACGGGGCAAUAUUGGGCGAUCCAGGGGGUUGGAUCGGGGAGCGGGGCGCAUACGGUUCCUGUUCAGACUUAUGAUGAUAAUCACCAUCACUGUUAUGAUCAGGCGGGGAAGAUUGCGGGAGGUGCGGCAGCGGGUUAUUUGGGCAAGAAGCUGUGGAAAAAGCUUACGUAG